CCCCUCACUGCACCGGGUCCGUCUGCACCGCUCGCCUCCCGCUCCGCCGCCCGCACGGCCCGGUCCGGCAUGGAGCGGCGCUGAGAGCCCGAGGCAGCCAGCCCGAAGCCGCCUUUGUGCCACUGUCGGGGCGAGGAUUAUCCCCACCGUCCCUGGGAUGGAGGACGCCGGCGUCCAGCGGGGAAUAUGGGACGGGGAUGCCAAGACGGUCCAGCAGUGCUUGACUGACAUUUUUACCAGCGUUUACACCACCUGCGACAUCCCAGAAAAUGCCAUUUUCGGCCCCUGCGUCCUGAGCCACACGUCCCUGUACGACAGCAUCGCCUUUAUCGCCCUCAAGUCCACCGACAAGCGCACCGUCCCCUACAUAUUCCGGGUGGACACGUCGGCGGCCAACGGCUCGUCGGAGGGGCUGAUGUGGCUGCGGCUGGUGCAGUCGGCGCGGGAGCGGGAGGAGCAGAACCUGGAGGCCUACAUCAAGAGCGGGCAGCUCUUUUAUCGCUCCCUACGCCGCAUCGCCAAGGACGAGGAGCUGCUGGUGUGGUACGGGAAGGAGCUCACCGAGCUGCUGCUGCUCGGCCCGGCCCGGGCCCCCGCCCGCACCAACGGCUCGCCGCCGUUCGCCUGCCCUGAGUGCAGCCAGCGCUUCCAGUUCGAACUGCCCUUCGCCGCACACCUCCGGUUCCGCUGCCCCAAGAGGCUGCACGGCCCCGACACCGGCCCCGCCGCCGAGGCCGCCGGCGUCAAGGACGGCGCCGGCAAGGAGCAAGAGCCCGGCAAGUUCGGGAAGCCCGGCGGGCCGCCGCACCACCCCUUCCCCGGGCCCGACGGCGGCCCCGCCGCCAGCACCAAGCCCUCCACGGACUUCCACAACCUGGCGCGGGAGCUGGAGAACUCCCGCGGCGGGCGCGGCGGGUCCCCGGGGCGGCCGGCGCCCCCUGAGGCCGGCCCUGAGGCGGCGGCCGGGAAGGCGAAGCGGCGUUUCCCCGAGGAGGAAGAGCGCGGGCCCGGCGCGGCGCGGGGCCGCUUCCCGGCCGAGCGGCCGGGGCUGCCGGCGGCGCCCAAGGAGGAGCCGGGCUGCGCCCCGCAGCAGCAGUACCGCGCCGCCGGCUCCUACUGCGGGCUCGAGGAGGGCGGACGCCUCUUCGCGCCGCCCAGCCCGGAGACCGGCGAGUCCAAGCGCAGCGCCUUCGUGGAGGUGAAGAAGGCGGCCCGCGGCCCCGAGCCCGACGGCGGCUCCGAAGAGGGCCCAGAGCGCGGCUCCCCGGGCGCGGGCGGCGCGGAGCCGGGGCUGUGCCCCCGCGGCGGUGCGGGGGGCCCGCUGGCCGCCCGCCUGGACGGCGGCAGCCCGGCGCGGGGCAGCGCCUUCAGCACGGUGCCGCAGCUCGGGGCCGGCCCCGGGGGGCCCGGCGGCGGCGGAGCCGAGGAGCGAAAAAGCGCCUUCUCGCAGCCCGCCCGCUCCUUCCCGCACGUUCCGCCGCUGGUGCUGGGUCCCAAGCUGGGCGGGCUGGGCGAGCCCUGCCCUGACGGCGCCGCCGCCCCCGCCCGUCUGUACGCCGCCGAGGCGCUGGCCGCCAAGCUGCCGGGCGGCGGGGAGGCGGCGGGCGGCGGCGGCGGCGGCGGCGGGGGGCUGCCCAAGCAGAGCCCCUUCCUCUACACCACGGCCUUCUGGCCCAAGAGCUCGGCGGCGGCGGCGGUGGCGGCGGCGGCGGCGGGGCCGCUGCAGCUGCAGCUGCCGUCGGCGCUGACGCUGCUGCCGCCGUCGUUCACCUCGCUGUGCCUGCCGGCUCAAAACUGGUGCGCCAAGUGCAACGCGUCCUUCCGCAUGACCUCGGACCUGGUCUACCACAUGCGCUCCCACCACAAGAAGGAAUACGCGCUGGAGCCCCUCGUCAAGCGCCGCCGCGAGGAGAAACUCAAGUGCCCCAUCUGCAACGAGUCCUUCCGCGAGCGCCAUCACCUCUCCCGCCACAUGACCUCCCACAACUAGCGCGGACAACCCUCCGGCCCCGGGAACCCGCCCGGGACCCCCGCCCGGGGGACCCCCGCCCCGCCCGCCGCUCCCACCCAUCCCCUUCGAUGCACGCGUUUCCACUGUCCGGGGAGGGGCGGGGAGGGCGGGGGAGAGGAGAAGGUGAAGAAGAAGGAAAAAGAGAAGGUAAAAGUUA